UCAUACGGGGAAAAUGCGAAAAUUGUACGUGGUGGCUGUGUAGAGGUAGGGGUGCGUAGUGAGGCUUCCGGUGAUCCUAGACGAUCUUUGUUCAGUUGGGGGCGUUUUGGCGCCCAACGGCUGUUUGCUGACGACCGCCCGUUACAACCAUAGAAGAAGGCGGAAAUAGAACGAGCUAGCUUUUAGCCGGUUAGCAAAACAACUUUUUCAAAAGUUCCUCGCGGGACCACGGAGCGGUUUUCCCGGAACCCUUCGCCAUAGGAAGGUCGGACUAACCGAGCAAAGAUGCCGGCGGUGUCUAAGGGGGACGGCAUGCGCGGCCUUGCGGUCUUCAUCUCCGACAUCAGGAACUGUAAAAGCAAGGAGGCAGAAGUCAAGAGGAUCAACAAAGAGCUGGCCAACAUCCGUUCCAAGUUCAAAGGAGACAAGGCUCUGGACGGCUACAGCAAGAAGAAGUACGUCUGCAAGCUGCUCUUCAUCUUCCUGCUGGGUCACGACAUCGACUUUGGACACAUGGAGGCCGUCAACCUGCUCAGCUCCAACAAGUACACGGAGAAGCAGAUCGGUUACCUCUUCAUCUCAGUGCUGGUGAACUCCAACAGCGACCUGAUCAGACUGAUCAACAACGCCAUCAAGAACGACCUCGCCAGCCGGAACCCCACCUUCAUGAACCUGGCCCUGCACUGCAUCGCCAAUGUGGGCAGCAGAGAGAUGGCGGAGGCCUUCGCCUCGGAAAUUCCCAGGAUCCUGGUGGCGGGAGACUCCAUGGACAGCGUGAAGCAGAGCGCGGCGCUCUGUCUGCUGAGACUCAACAGGACGUCCCCGGACCUCGUCCCCAUGGAGGAGUGGACGGCGCGGGUGGUGCAUCUGCUCAACGACCAGCACCUGGGCGUGGUCACGGCCGCCACCAGCCUCAUCAUCACUUUGGCCCAGAAGAGUCCGGAUGACUUCAAGACGUCGGUGUCGCUGGCGGUGACUCGCCUCAGCAGGAUCGUCACGUCCGCCUCCAUCGACCUGCAGGACUACACCUACUACUUUGUGGCUGCGCCGUGGCUGUCCGUCAAGCUGCUGCGCCUGCUGCAGUGCUACCCCCCACCCGAGGACACGGCCCUGCGAAGUCGCCUGACCGAGUGUCUGGAGACGAUCCUCAACAAAGCUCAGGAGCCGCCCAAGUCCAAGAAGGUGCAGCACUCCAACGCCAGAAACGCCGUUCUGCUGGAAGCCAUCGCCCUCAUCAUCCACCACGACAGUGAACCCACCCUGCUGGUCCGCGCCUGCAACCAGCUGGGCCAGUUCCUGCAGCACCGGGAGACCAACCUGCGCUACCUGGCGCUGGAGAGCAUGUGCACGCUGGCCAGCUCCGAGUUCUCCCACGAGGCGGUGAAGACUCACAUCGAGACGGUCAUCAGCGCUCUGAAGACGGAGCGAGACGUGAGCGUCCGGCAGCGCGCCGUGGACCUGCUGUACGCCAUGUGCGACCGCAGCAACGCCAGGCAGAUCGUGGCAGAGAUGCUGGGCUACCUGGAGACGGCCGACUACUCCAUCAGAGAGGAGAUCGUGCUGAAGGUGGCCAUCCUGGCGGAGAAGUACGCGGUGGACUACACCUGGUACGUGGACACCAUCCUCAACCUGAUCCGCAUCGCGGGGGACCACGUCAGCGAGGAGGUGUGGUACCGCGUCAUCCAGAUCGUCAUCAACCGGGACGACGUCCAAGGCUACGCCGCCAAAACCGUGUUCGAGGCCCUCCAGGCCCCCGCCUGCCACGAGAACCUGGUGAAGGUGGGCGGUUACAUCCUGGGAGAGUUCGGGAACCUGAUCGCCGGGGACCCCCGCUCCAGCCCUCUGGUCCAGUUCAACCUCCUCCACUCCAAGUUCCACCUGUGCUCCGUCCCGACCCGGGCCCUCCUGCUGUCCGCCUACAUCAAGUUCAUCAACCUGUUCCCCGAGGUCAAAGCCACCAUCCAGGACGUGCUGCGCUCCGACAGCCAGCUGAGGAACGCCGACGUGGAGCUGCAGCAGCGCGCCGUGGAGUACCUGCGGCUCAGCUGCAUCGCCAGCGCCGACAUCCUGGCGACCGUCUUAGAAGAAAUGCCUCCGUUCCCAGAGAGGGAGUCCUCCAUCCUGGCCAAGCUGAAGAAGAAGAAGGGAUCGGGCAAGCUGCCCGAGAACGUGAACGGCAACGCCGAGCUGCACGCCGAGGAGCCUGCUGCCGCCAACAAGGCGUCCCCCCCUCCCCCCACAGAAGUGCUGGCCCUGAACCCGACCCCCCCGGCAGCAGCACAUAGCCUGCUGGUGGACGUCUUUUCAGACCUGUCGGCCCCCACCGCUGUGGCGGAGGACCACCUGUCCAGGUUCGUCUGCAAGAACAACGGCGUUCUGUACGAGAGCCAGCUCCUGCAGGUGGGACUGAAGUCCGAGUACCGUCAGAACCUGGGUCGCAUCUACGUCUUCUACGGCAACAAGACGUCGUCUUCGUUCCUCAGCUUCAGCUCGUGGGUGAGCAGCAGCGACGUCCUGAAGACUCAGCUGAACGUCCACGCCAAAGCCGUGGAGCCCGUCAUCGAGGGCGGAGCCCAGGUCCAGCAGGUCCUGAACAUCGAGUGCGUGACAGAUUUCUCUGACGUCCCCGUGCUCAACGUCCAGUUCAGAUACGCUGGGACUUUGCAGAACAUUGAAGUCAAACUUCCUGUGAUGCUGAACAAGUUUUUUCAGCCCACAGAGAUGACAUCCCAGGACUUCUUCCAGCGCUGGAAGCAGCUUGGAGCACCCCAGCAGGAAGUCCAGAAGAUCUUCAAGGCUCAACAUCCAAUGGAAACGGACGCCGCCAAAGCCAAGCUCCUGGGGUUCGGCGUGGCGCUGCUGGAGGGCGUGGAUCCAAACCCCGCCAACUUCGUGGGAGCCGGGAUCAUUCACAGCAAGAGCGCUCAGGUGGGCUGCCUGCUCCGGCUGGAGCCCAACACGCACGCGCAGAUGUACCGCCUCACCCUCCGGACCAGCAGGGACUCCGUCUCCCAGAGGCUCUGCCAGCUGCUGUCAGAACAGUUCUAGGCUCCGUGCCGCUGUCGCCGCUCUGCUCGCCGUGUUCCAGUCUGGAGAAGAUUUGCUCCGCCGUGGAGUCGCCGUUUUUACCUGCUUGACAUGGAAGCAAAGGUGUUUCUGCACUGAUGUGUCACAGCGUUAAAUGUGUGUGUUUGUGUGUGUUUUCACACUGAGCACCUUAGAAAACUUCCAGCUUUUUCAAACUUCCACAUCGGCUUAGCAGCUGAAGGACUAACGGACGGAAACGUUCAUCCAAAUGUGCAUUUAUACCUUUAGGGAAAAGUAGAAAUACACGACUUGUGUAUUUCUACAUCUGUUGGUACUUUUUUUUUUUACUUUAAAUUGUGUGAUGUGGGCGGGGCUUUUCAUAUUCUGAGCAGGGAUUGGUUAGUGGGAUUUUCUGCUCUCUGUGAUUCUGUACGUUUGAUACUUUCCAGGAGACUCAAACGUGUUCUAGACUAACCACAGUGGGUCUGGGCUCUGGCCCCGCCCCCUCACUAAGGUUUUGACCUUUGGACAUUGGUGAAUGAGUUCAAAUGCGUCCAUCCUUCAGACCUUCAGCAGUGCAGAACGCUGCUGCACAGGACCGUUCUGCAUGUGUCGGAUGGGAGAUUCCAACGUCUUAAAGCACUUCUUCUGUCUUCUGGAGCUUUCACUGCCAAAACGUUUGUCAUUGAGACGCUGAUGUGCCUGGAAGAGAAUCUGAUGCAGCUUCUUCCCUUAAUGUGUCCUUAAGUCUGUUUGGGGCUCCAGGACUUCCCUCAACUUUAUAAAGUUUGGUAAAAAAA